UCAAUGCUGACCUCCUCCGCCACCGCUCCCUCGGAGCAUCCUCUCACAUGUGCGAAUGAUGUUCCCCUCCAGGAGGCCUUUUUUGGCAGAUGAGGAGCUGGGGAAGAAGGAUGACGACCACCGCCUGCGGUCCAGUCCUGCAUCGCCAUGGCGUCCCAAGCAAUGGAAGCCACCCCGACCGCGACGCUUCUUGCUAGGCAUCCUGGCCCUGUAUCUCCUCUACCUCUUCUUCAAGAAUAUGCCCACCGACCUGCUCCCUGCCCCCGAGCGAUUUAGCCCAGAGCUCAGUCAAGCGCGACAGGCCGCAUUGCAGCUACAACUACAGCGGGGACAGCAGCAGCAGCAGCAACUUCAAUCUCCGCCAUCUUCGCAAACGGGCCCCCCUGACCGAGACGAGAAUGACGCAGCGCCCAAGGAUGACCUCUAUUAUGAUGGGAGGAUCAACUUCUUCUCUUUGGCCAGAUCUCUGCACCGGUUCCAAAGACCACAGUCGCGCUACGAAAGGACCCAAAGCCGCGCAGUCGUCUUCGCCGGCGCAAGCUUAAGCAGUGUCUCGGACCUUAUUCCUCUGGCUUGUCAGAUGGCCAGCCGAAGAGUCAACGAAGUGCACUUCGUGCUGAUGGGAAGGGAUGAUGUGUCCAUUGAAGGGAUCCAACGAGUCAAUGGCAUUGAUGAUGCGGCGUGUCCAGUUAAUUGGCAUGAUGCUCGGCCCGAUUACGCGCCAUGGUCAACGGACGCUCGUAUGGAGAGAGCUGUAGCCGCCAGCCUCAACUAUAUCCGAUCCUAUCUCCUUCCCCAAGUCAUCCUCACACAAAGCGAGUCAUGGGAGGAUUCGUUCUUCUGGAAAGGCCUUCAAAGUAGAGUCCCCGAAAUUGGGGUUCCUCAUGUUGCUCUUAGUAGCGCGGCACGGGAUCUUAUGUGGGUGUCCACGCUCGACAGUAGCGCUCUUCGAGUCUGGAACGAUAUCCAAGUUGAAAUCCUCAUUCAUGCUCCGCCCGAGUCCUCCGGAUCUUUGAUAAGGUUGAUCCGGACAUUACAAAACGCAGACUAUCUGGGAGGAUCGCCUAUUCUAACCAUAGAGCUUCCCCCUCAAUCGAUGAAAUGGCUCCCUCACGCCUCUGGCAAGAUUAACCUUCGCCGACGAAUCCAGCCGCACGAUAUGGAUUCUGCUGAGGCGUCCCUGAAAACCGUGGAGGCUUUCUAUCCCAGAGAUCCGGAUCUGUCCCAUGUGCUAGUGCUUUCUCCACAAACGGAACUGGCACCCUCAUUCUAUCAUUAUCUCGUAUAUACCAUGCUCAGAUACAAGCAUUCAACUCGAUCAAAGCAGUUGGCUACCAAGCUUCUGGGAAUCUCACUCGAACUCCCAUCCUCUCGUCUUACCGACAACGCACCCCUGGAACCACCAGAGGUGGACAAUGACCAGUUUUCCGGUGCCGACAACAGCGAAGUGUUACCGCUCUUCCUCUGGGAAGCCCCGAACAGUAAUGCGGCGCUGUAUUUCGGCGACAAAUGGGCCGAGUUCUAUGACUUCCUCUCGAACCGCUUUGCUAUCCAGGAGGCCAUGGCGGAGGCUCCGCCUCAGGAAAAGCUCAUUUCCAAGAAAUACCCCGCUGUCAUGGAGUAUUUGUUAGAGUUUACCCGCGGACGAGGGUAUUAUUUACUUUACCCAACAUUCCCCGCCAAGGGAACCUUCACUCUUGCGACGGUACACAACGAAUUAUACCAUGCUCCCGAAGAGUUUGCUCAGGAUAGCUCGUCGGAUGUCCCGGAACCGUCACCCGAGGAGAUAGAUGACCCGGCCAAGCCUCUUACACCAGAGCCUGUUGAAGGGUUAGGAGUUGUUGAAAAGCCUCUGAGCCGGGCAUCCACCGUGAUGCCGCUUCUUGAACGAUUCUCCUUGAAUCUGCCGCGGAUCGACUAUCUCCCUCUACUGUCUUACAGUGGCCAGAGGGUCUCGGGCUUGGCCUAUACCCAGGGCAUCGAAGCCUACAGCAAGCUGUUCCGAGCGCGGUAUGGAGGAUACAUGGCGCAAGACGGCGAGCGGUCAGCUCCCGCCGACAAGGGCAAGGGCAAGGUUGACGAUGUCAAGGACUUGUCUGGCGGAAAGAAGACCAAGGCUGACGAGAAGCCACAAGCCGAUGGAAAGAAGAACGAGGACGAGUCGGAAGAAGAGCUUAACGAAGAAGACCAGCAGCUGAAAAAUGAGCUGGAGAUGCUUGUGGAGAGGCUGAAGGAACCGGACACCACGUUGUACGUCCCUGCCUUGGACGCGAUCAAGAACUUCAUCAAGACUUCAACAUCCUCUAUGACUGCUGUCCCAAAGCCCCUGAAGUUCCUAAGACCGCACUACGAUGAGCUCACGGGGCUUUAUGACAAGUGGCCGGCCGGUCCGGUUAAGGACUCGUUGGCCGACAUGAUUUCGGUCCUCGGAAUGACCUACGGAGACGAGGAGAAGCUCGAGACCCUGAAGUACCGCCUGCUUACCAAGUCGGAGGACCUCGGCUCCUGGGGCCACGAAUAUAUCAGACACCUGGCGCUGGAGAUUGGUCAAGAGUACCAAAAUCGACUCAACGCGGAGAAGGAUGUGCAAGACUUGAUUGAUCUCGCGCUGUCUCUUGUUCCGUACUUCUUGGGCCACAAUGCUGAAGCCGAUGCCGUUGAUUUGUUGAGUGAGCUUGAGAUCAUCGAGGAGAUCCCGCGGUUUGUGGACGAAAACACCUACCCCAGGGUUUGCCUGUACAUGGUCAGCAUGGUCAACCUCCUCACAUACCCGGAAGACCAGCAAUUCCUUCGGACCGCCCACGAGAUCUAUGUUCGCUACAAGCAGCUCACCAAGGCCAUCGUUCUUGCCAUCCGCUUGAAUGACACCGAUCUCAUCAAGAGUGAUCUUAAUGCCACCGAGGACAAGUCGAUCAAGAAGCAGAUGGCUUUCCUUAUCUCCAGACAGCAAAUAUGGCUUGACCUUCCUGAGGAAGAGGAAGACCAGUCCUUCAUGGACUGCUUGAACAACACUUCGAUUCCCAAGCACUUCAAGUCCCUCGGAAAGGAGCUUAACAUUCUUGAUCCCCAGAUGCCCGAGGAUAUCUACAAGACGCACCUGGAAAGCAGCCGCGGAGCUGGUCUCACUAAUGUCGACUCCGCCAGGCACAACCUCGCCAGUGCCUUUGUCAACUCCUUCACAAAUGCUGGGUAUGGUAACGAUAAGAUGAUGCUUGUCGAGGGCGAUAAGGGCCCCUGGGUUUGGAAGACCAAGGACGAUGGUAUGCUGUCGACAACGGCUUCGAUGGGUAUGCUUUUGCACAGAGAUGUUGAGGCUGGUCUGGAUAAGAUCGACAAGUACACUUAUGCCUCGGAGGACCAGAUCAAGGCCGGUGCAUUGCUUUCUAUCGGUAUUCUCAACUCUGGUGUGCGGAUAGACUCGGAUCCCGCUCUGGCUCUCCUCAGUGACCCCGACAACCUGGAGGCUAAGAGCGUGCCCAUGAGAGUUGCCUCUAUCAUGGGUCUUGGUCUGGCCUAUGCCGGCUCCAACAAGGAGGAACUGCUCGAGGUCCUGCUCCCGAUUGUUGAGGAUGUUUCGACGGACAUGCAGCUUUCGGCGAUGGCGGCCGUGUCGCUGGGUCUUAUCUUCGUUGGCUCCUCCAACCACCAAGUCAGUGAGGCCAUCGCCACCACCCUGAUGGAUGAGGAACGGCAGAAGCACCUCAAGGACAAGUGGACCCGUUUCAUGGCCCUUGGUCUGGCACUCCUGUACUUUGGCCGUCAGGAAGAGGUUGAUGUUAUCCUUGAUAUUCUCAAGGCUGUCGACCACCCUAUGGCCAAGCCGACCUCGGUCCUCGCAUCGGUGUGCGCGUGGGCUGGCACUGGCACUGUCCUGAAGCUCCAAGAACUUCUCCACAUCUGCAACGACAUCAUCGACGAGGAGGAUGACGAGAAGAAGGGCGAUGAGCUCGUCCAGUCGUAUGCUGUGCUUGGUCUGUCGCUCAUUGCUAUGGGAGAGGAGGUCGGACAGGACAUGAUCCUGAGACAAUUUGGUCAUCUCAUGCACUACGGUGCCAGCAAUAUCCGGAAGGCGGUUCCCCUUGCCAUGGGGUUGAUCUCUCCCAGCAACCCUCAGAUGAAGGUCUACGACACCUUGUCCAGAUACAGCCACGACAAUGACAACGAUGUCGCCAUCAACGCCAUCUUCGCCAUGGGUCUUUGCGGUGCCGGUACUAAGAACGCCCGACUGGCCCAAUUGCUCCGCCAGCUGGCCAGCUACUACCACCGCGACCAGAACACGCUGUUCAUGGUUCGCAUCGCCCAGGGUCUGUUGCACAUGGGCAAGGGCACAAUGACCCUCAACCCCUUCCACACAGAUCGCCAGGUCCUCUCGCGCGUUUCCGCGGCUGGCCUGCUUACCGUGCUCGUGUCUCUGAUCGACGCCAAGCAAUUCAUUCUCGCCGAACACCACUACCUCCUCUACUUCCUCAUCACCGCCAUGUACCCCCGCUUCCUUGUCACGCUCGACGAAGACCUGCAGCCUCUCACCGUCAAUGUACGGGUUGGACAGGCCGUGGAUGUCGUUGGCCAAGCGGGUCGCCCCAAGACGAUCACGGGAUGGCAAACGCAAAGCACGCCGGUGCUCUUGUCUCACGGUGAGCGUGCGGAGCUCGAAGACGAGCAGUAUAUUCCUCUCAGCAGCACGCUGGAGGGCCUGGUCAUCCUGCGCAAGAACCCGGACUGGGAGAAUCCCGCGUGAGUAAGAUGAUCUUUCGACACGAAGUAUUGCGGAUGGGUUGAGCGCAGGGAGGAUUAUAGCGCUCGGGUCUUUGGGUCUUAAUGUAUUCAGCAUGAAUUGGAAAAUAGCAUACACCAUCGGUCAUCGUGUUCAAUCCAUCUAUUAGAGUGGCGGAUAUGACAUGCAUAGGUGGACCAAUGCUAGUAUGAUCAUCAGC